AUGAAGCAGGUGAAGGCGCGGGACAUCCACACCGCCCUCGCCGCCGGCACCACCCGUGGCGGCUCCUCGGCGCCUCCAACCGCCCUGGCCGCGCCCCCGCCGCAGCGCCACUCGGCACCCGGCCACCCAGUAGCCGGGGCUGCUCCCGCUGCCCUAUGGGCCGCCUGCCCCUCCCGCCGAACAGCACUGCGGAGGCCGGCGCGAUGGGGGCCGCCGCGGCGGUCAAUAGCAGCAGCCGCAGGGCGCCGGCCAGCCCCGUCAGCAGCAGCAGCAGCAGUUCCAGGUGCCCCCUCCACGGGCCUCCAGCUACAACCCGUGGACCGGUGUGUUCAUGCCUACACCAUGCCGGUUCCACGGGCUCAUGCAUCGACCCUUCCCGUGCCGCGCCCGCCGGCGCAUCAGGCGUACUACGCGGCUCUGCAGCCGUACGGAGGAUACCCACUGCCGCAACUGAGCGGCGCCUACGGUCUCCCUGCGGCCCCGCCGCCGCCCUCGCCGGCCCUGCCGCCAGCGCCUUGGGAUCCGGUGCUCCUUUCCGCGUUGCACACCGCGCCUACGUCGAACAACUACACUGGAGGCGGUGAUUGGUACAUAGACACCAGGGCUACGCCUCACAUGUUUGCUCAUCCUGUUAAUCUUGCCUCCUUCACUCCCGUCACCACCGACCGCCGCAUCAUUGUCGACGACGGUUCCACACUCCCUAUCACACAUGACGCUCGAACCAGGAUGGUACUUCACCGAUGUGACAGCCUCGACGAGCUCUAUCCGGUGCAUCCGCCGUCCACCUCCACCACCGCACCGGUUGCUCUCUCCACCGUCAUCGAUAUCUGGCACGCUCGUUUGGGUCAUCCCAACCCCGUCACACUUCGUCAUAUUCUUAGGAGUUUCAGUUUCAGUUGUAAUAAGAUAGAGGAUCACACCUGUCAUGUCUGUCGUGUCGGCAAACAUGUUCGUCUCCCGUUUAAUAACUCCACCACCAUAGCUUAUUUUCCUUUUCAGUUGAUUCAUAGCGUUGUGUGGACCUCUCUGGUUCCUAGUAAUUCGGACUAUUUAUAUUAUCUGGUUAUCCUUGAUGAUUAUUCUCACUAUAUGUGGACGUUUCCUUUACGACGAAAGUCGGAUGCACUCUCUGAAGGAAAUAUGCCCUAG